AGGAGAGUAAUUACUGUACAUCAUGGGUCUGUUUAAUUCAACACCACAAGGACCGAUUAAAGAAGAACUAGCUUUUGAACAACCGUGGAGGACAGUGAACUGGAGUGGUAGAGAAGACAUGAUAAGGAAACUGAAGGAGUUUCAGGCAACACAAGGAGUCAACCAGCUGAGGAUUCUGGUUGUGGGACCAACAUCUUCUGGGAAGUCCUCCUUUAUUGCAUCAAUUGAUUCUGUCCUCCAAGGCCGCAUCACUUACCUCAGUUUUCCUCUCACCAAUAAUCCCAGAGGCAUUAGAAGGCAUAAUUUCUACAACUUAAGAAGGGACACAGAUGGAUCUUUCUUACCAUUUGUGUUGGGUGACACCAUGGGUCUCCAAGAGGAUUUGAGUGGCAUGGACACUGAUUACAUUAUCAACAUUCUACACGGCCGAGUGCAAGAGGGAGAUACAUUGAAUAAUUUGGAGGGACCGAACAACGAGACUGAUGACUUUAACAGAAUCCAGAGUCUAAAUGAUAAGGUCCACUGUCUGGUGUUUGUCCUCUCAGCUGACAAAAUCUCUGAAGUGUCAGAAAGAAUUUUUUACAAAUUGAAACUUGUUCUGCACCAAGCACGUGAACUGGGAAUUCCUCAAGUUGUCAUGAUGUCCAAGGUGGAUAAAGCAUGUUCACUGGUAUCAGCAGACCUGAAAAUGAUCUAUAAGAGCAAGAAAAUCAAAGCUAAAAUGGAUGAAUGCAGCAGCAGACUGGGUGUUGCAGUGAAAUACAUCUUACCUGUAAAGAACUACUGCGAGGAAAUGACCCUCAAUGUUGAGACAGAUAUUCUGAUUCUUACAGCAAUGACAAGUAUUUUAAAUUUUGCCACUGACUUUGUGCAAAAGGAAAUCUAAAAAAAACAUAUUAGGAAGUUUUGGUGGAAACCAGAUAAAGUGUACAUUAAGGAAGAUUCUAGUCAUCUUUAUGUAUAGUGGACCACUUCUCAGUUUAGCUUUCCAGCAGAAAAAUAAAUCUAAAAUUUAGUUGAGCAGUUUAGUGCCGCUAAUGGAUUUAAGCAAAAUAUAUUCAUAUCCUCAUAGGGAGUGUCUCAUUUACGGGCCAAAUCCUUCAAAGGACACAUUUGAAGACUGAUUAUGUCAUAGGAUCACGAAUAAGGCUGUUGAAUUUCAAAGGUUCUUUUAAAUGUGGCUGACAAAUGCAACCUUUUCUCCCUUGACAAAGAAAGAUUCAACAGUGUAUACUUUGGCUCUCAACCUAUCCAAAGAUUCUUUGCAAGCCAGGAUACCAGAAGAGAGGAUUGCAGAUGUAGGACCUGAGGAUAGUAAAAUAAUAAAAGUUUUCAUGAGACAUGGUUUAAUGUUGUUGCAACCACAUCCAACUUAUGCCACAACCUUUUUUAUAACCAGGAUUAUUUUUAAUUUACAUAUAAUUAUACUUAAUGUUAUAUUAAAGGUGGAAACACCUGGUGAUUCAAAUAAGAAGUCCUUCUUAGACUAGACCAUCUCAUUUUGGUUCAGCGGUCCUUUAUGGUCCUUUAAAGGAUGUGGCCCAGAAAUGUGACACAUCCAUAGUGUACAUACACUACUGUUCAAAAGUUCGGGGUUACUUUCUAACUCCAUGAUCGUAGCUGAUUUUAAUUUCUUUCUACAUUGUAAAGGAAUGCUGAAGGCAUUAAAAAAUGCAUUAAUCUCCUUUGAACAGUAAAUGGUGAGAUGUGUCUGCUACUUAUGCUCUGUAAAGACUUCAUAUCGCAUCUAAUCUGAGGUUCUGUUAAUUGGUCAUUUUUUUAGGCUGAUAACUCUAAAUGAACUUCUCGUCUGCGGCAGAGGUAGGUUUUGGUCUUGCCCUCCUGAGAUGGCCUUCAUGAAAGCCAGUUUCUGUAAUGAAGACAGACUUCACGCGAUUUUAUUUUACUUCAGAUGCUAUGAUGGUACUUAGGAGCAGGAACUUGAAGGAAACUAACUGAAGAGUAAGGAUAAACGGUAUGAUUUACUUUCUGCUGGUGGCGAGGAGAAGGAGGGUGGCGAAACCCAGACUGACGAGACUUGGAGAGGAGUCCACUGAUGCACCACGACGGUAAGAGGAAAAGCUCAGAGAUAGCUACAGGGGCUGCUUCUGGAAACAAGAGUACAGGUAAGCCAAUUUAUACUAUUUGUUCUUCUUAUGCGAGCGUAGAAAGUUGAGUCCACUUUGUAGACAUGAGCCCGGACACUGACUGAGGUGCUGAGUGUGGUUUUGUGCUGCUGCUGAUUGGAGACAGGUGAUGGUGGUUAGAAUUCUGAAGAUAUAGGGCAUGGUGUCUAACUGAUUUCGGAGCCUGGCCUGACUGUGACAUUACCCCCUCUUCCACGACCCGCUCCUGAGGGUCGACCUCUCUGACGUCAUCUUGGUCUACCCCAUCCUCUGGGUGCCGGACAAUCGGGGUGCGCGUUAUAAAACUCUUUCAAUAGUGUGGGGUCGAGGAUGUCGUCACGAUGAUCCCAGGAUCUUUUUUCAGGACCAUAUCCUUCCCAGUCUACCAGAUACUCUAAACGACCACCACGGCGUCUGGAAUUCAGCAUGUCCUGGACCUGGUAGAUAGUGCCUUCGUUGAUGAUGAUAGGAGGAGAAGGGGGCUCUUCCUCUUUAGGGCCAGACUCUGUGGGAGAAAUGACAGGAUCAUGAUAUGGUUUUAACAGGGACACAUUAAAGGUAGGGUGAAUACGAUUGUGAGGGCAGUUGUAAUUUGUACUUUACCGGAUUCAGUUGUUCCAGGACUUCGAAGGGACCUGCGAAGGUUCGAAGGUUCCAGGACUUCGUAGGGACAUACCUGGGGCUAAGCUU